AUGUCUCUUUAUCUUCAUAUCUUUUUUAUAUCCUUUUUUAUAUCACUUUCUUUCUUUCUUUCUUUCUUUCUUUCUUUCUUUCUUUUCUUUCUUUUCUUUUCUUUCUUUCUUUCUUUCUUUCUUUCUUUCCUUCUUUCUUUCGAUGUCUCUUUAUCUUCAUAUCUCUUUUUAUUUUUAUAUCACUUUCUUUCUUUUCUUUCUUUUUUUCUUUCUUUCUUUUUUUUUUUCUUUUUUUCUUUAAUCCCCUCUUUCUUUCGAUGUCUCUUUAUCUUCAUAUCUCUUUAUUUUUAUAUCAUUUUCUUUCUUUCUUUCUUUCUUUCUUUCUUUCUUUCUUUCUUUCUUUCUUUAAUCCCCUCUUUCUUUCGAUGUCUCUUUAUCUUCAUAUCUCUUUAUUUUUAUAUCACUUUCUUUCUUUCUUUCUUUCUUUUUCUUUCUUUCUUUAAUCCCCUCUUUCUUUCGAUGUCUCUUUAUCUUCAUAUCUCUUUAGUUUUAUAUCAUUUUCUUUCUUUCUUUCUUUCUUUCUUUCUUUCUUUCUUUCUUUCUUUUUUUCUUUCUUUCUUUCUUUAA